UUAGUCACCAGUGAGACCCUGUAGGAAAGAGGUUUAAAUCAGAGGGAUUUAAUGAGGGUGCUCUGUGCUUUCCCUGAAGCCAUGCCCUCCAGCAACUCCCGCCCCCCCGCGUGCCUAGCCCCGGUGGCUCUCUUCUUGGCUCUGUUGCUCCAUCUCUCCCUUUCCUCCCAAGCUGGAGACAGGAGACCCUUGCCUGUAGACAGAGCUCCAGGUUUGAAGGAAAAGACCCUGAUUCUGCUUGAUGUGAGCACCAAGAACCCAGUCAGGACAGUCAAUGAAAACUUCCUCUCUCUGCAGCUGGAUCCGUCCAUCAUUCAUGAUGGCUGGCUCGAUUUCUUAAGCUCCAAGCGUCUGGUGACCCUGGCCCGGGGACUUUCGCCCGCCUUUCUGCGCUUCGGGGGCAAAAGGACCGACUUCUUGCAGUUCCAGAACCUGAGGAAUCCGGCGAAAAGCCGCGGGGGUCCCGGCCCGGAUUACUAUCUCAAAAACUAUGAGGAUGACAUUGUUCGAAGUGAUGUUGCCUUGGAUAAACAGAAAGGCUGCAAGAUUGCCCAGCACCCUGAUGUUAUGCUGGAACUCCAACGGGAGAAGGCAGCUCAGAUGCAUCUGGUUCUUUUAAAGGAGCAAUUCUCCAAUACUUACAGUAAUCUCAUAUUAACAGCCAGGUCUCUAGACAAACUUUAUAACUUUGCUGAUUGCUCUGGACUCCACCUGAUAUUUGCUCUAAAUGCACUACGUCGCAAUCCCAAUAACUCCUGGAACAGUUCUAGUGCCCUGAGUCUGCUGAAGUACAGUGCCAGCAAAAAGUACAACAUUUCUUGGGAACUAGGUAAUGAGCCAAAUAACUAUCGGACCAUGCAUGGCCGGGCAGUAAAUGGCAGCCAGUUGGGAAAGGAUUACAUCCAGCUGAAGAGCCUGUUGCAGCCCAUCCGGAUUUACUCCAGAGCCAGUUUGUAUGGCCCCAAUAUUGGGCGGCCCAGGAAGAACGUCAUCGCCCUCCUAGAUGGAUUCAUGAAGGUGGCAGGAAGCACAGUGGAUGCAGUUACCUGGCAACAUUGCUACAUUGAUGGCCGGGUGGUCAAGGUGAUGGACUUCCUGAAAACUCGUCUGUUAGACACACUCUCUGACCAGAUUAGGAAAAUUCAGAAAGUGGUUAACACAUACACCCCAGGAAAGAAGAUUUGGCUGGAAGGUGUGGUGACCACUUCAGCUGGAGGCACAAACAAUCUAUCAGAUUCCUAUGCUGCAGGAUUCUUGUGGUUGAACACUUUAGGAAUGCUGGCCAAUCAGGGCAUUGAUGUUGUGAUACGACACUCAUUUUUUGACCAUGGAUAUAAUCACCUCGUGGACCAGAAUUUUAACCCAUUACCAGACUACUGGCUCUCUCUCCUUUACAAGCGCCUGAUCGGCCCCAAAGUCUUGGCCGUGCAUGUGGCUGGGCUCCAGCGGAAGCCUCGGCCAGGCCGAGUGAUCCGGGACAAACUAAGGAUUUAUGCUCACUGCACAAACCACCACAACCACAACUAUGUUCGUGGGUCCAUUACACUGUUCAUCAUCAACUUGCACCGAUCAAGAAAGAAAAUCAAACUGGCUGGGACUCUCAGGGACAAGCUCGUGCACCAGUACCUGCUGCAGCCCUAUGGACAGGAGGGCCUCAAGUCCAAGUCAGUGCAGCUGAAUGGCCAGCCCUUAGUGAUGGUGGACGACGGGACCCUCCCAGAACUGAAGCCCCGCCCCCUGCGGGCCGGCCGGACGUUGGUCAUCCCUCCAGUCACCAUGGGCUUCUAUGUGGUCAAGAAUGUCAACGCUUUGGCCUGCCGCUACCGAUAAACCCCCUUACACUCCCAAGUCCCCAGCGGGCCCGCUGGACUGCUUUCCACUCUUCCGCCUUAAUGGUAUCAGUUUUUUUCAGACGUCUUCUUAGCAACAAACCAGCCUCUGCUGCCCCAUCCUGCUGGAAUCAACAUUGACUUGCUCUCCAAAGAGACAAAUAUCCCAGUGUGAGCUUAGUCUAGGUAGGUCAUAUUCACCCCAAAGGGAAAUGUAGACAUCAUCUGUACCUACGUGAGCACAAAGGUACGAGUGUGGGGCUGUACGUGCCCCCAGACGUGCACCAGAGGAACAAGCCGGCAGCGCACGCCCAGGACAAAUGAAACAGCUCCCCGUGACCCCGGUCACACAGCAGUGUACCUGCAGACCUAGCCCGUGGCGGCUGCUCUCAGCAGAUGAGGGAGGAAAAACCCAGUGGCCCUUCAAAAGCCCAGUCCUCUUCUGACUCCUUUCCUUUUUCUGUUCCCUGCUGUUGCCCUGGGUUUCCUAUCACCUCUCCUCCCACAGGGGAGCAAGUGGGUGAGUCAGUGCUAGCCUGCUGGGCGAGCUGUUUAUGUAAUUUCCUGGCUGAUGUAUGAGUGUGUGCAUCUGGGUUUCUGACAGUGGCAUCCAUCACUGGCUAUUCCUCUGGGAAGCGGGUGCUUCAAAAGUAAAAUUGCAAUCAUACUCCAGGUUUUGUAAGAAGGUUCUAUUCCUCUGUGAAUCCAGAUUCCCCCAGGGUUGGAAUGGGAGUCAGGUAACAAUAUUCCUUGAGUGGAGAGCAAUGUAUUAGGCACCACAAAAAGCAAUCAUCAUCUGUCAUGUGGCUGCAAGGGAGAGAAUUUCAGCACAAAGAGAAAGUUCACCCACCACCAAACACACACAACACACCCUCCCCACAACUGAACAAAGCAAACAAUCAGACCUGCCUCAAAUUUGAGAGAAUAUUAAGAGCUUGUUAGUAGGCCCUUAAUGGUCUGGUUGACCAAAACCAUUUUUUUAAAUGGGUGUAAAUCAAAGGUCAUCACAGCUGUAAGACACAACUGAAGCUAACCUUUCUGCCUCUUCCCAAGUAGCUGAGUGCUCUGAACGGCUUGUACUAAGCAGAAAUCUAAUGCAGUCAUGAAAGAUGGCCAGGUCCGGGCUCUCCCAGGCCAGCUAAUUUGAGCACAGAACAAAGCGUUCAGUUCACCACGUUGGAGGAGGGGGAUCAGGGGGAUCUGGAGACUGAGGUUUGAUGGGGAAAGUGUGGAAUGGUAGGUGGGAGGCCCCCAGAUUGGGCAGGGGGUAUGGAGUGGUUUAAAGUUCACGAUGAGGGCCUUCUGUAUGACUCAGGAGAUUUGUGUGGGUCUUUGCAAACAAGCGGCAACUGAAGUGACUCUUUUCGGUGGACGUGAUUUUCUUUUGCAGGAUAAAUGACACGACUGGUGCUUUUUUUUCAGGAAGAGCUAUUAGACAGUGUCAUAGGGUUCCAGCAGAGUGAUACAACGUCUGUGAUGUGAAAGGAUGGAAAUGGGGCAGGCGGCAAGGCGGCCGAGGCCAGAGGCCAGGGAGACUGCCUGUGGAGGAGCUGAGAAGCAGGGCGAAGUCUGCAGAGUGAGUGAUAAGGAAGAUUAGGAAGAUUAGACAAGAGAGGAGGGAGCAGACUCUCAGCGUGAAGAACUGGGGUCUUGGGAGCGGGGAGCUGAUAAGCUCAUUUUACAUGUCGGGAGGAGAGCGGACUCGGUUUUGACAAGCUUAUUAUGAGGUAGAGGAGGCACAGCACAGAGGAGGUGUGUGCCCUGCAGAGCGGGAAGGGGCAGACCGAGGACCUGGCUGGACCCAUCAGCAGUGGCGCAGCCUGAGUCAGCUGGAGAGAGAGGAGCAGAGCCUGGCACGUCCCCCUCCCCACGAGGCUGCCCAGGGGUGCCCCUCUUCCCCGGAAGCUGGCACCUCCACCAAAGCUUCAGCUCUAGGAGGGAGAAAGGGAAGUGCCCAGACUGCGGGUGGAAAGACAGGGAAGAAGCAGUGAAGGAAAGUGAAGAAGAGAAAGGAAAAGAGAAAUGAGAGACGAUGAGGUUGUUUCCCCUCACUUUUAAAGCUUUGUGCGGAUAUCGAAGUCUCUUCUACAUACUGUGCAGGUUGUGGGCCCCUCACGUUAACAAGAGUAACCAGGGGUCCCCGGGUGGCCUCCGGGCUGGUUUGCUUUACAUACACAGCAGCCCCCAGGGAGUUACUAUUCUUACCCUCUUUUUUCCUCUGAGGCGUGGAGAGGGUCUGAAAUUCGCUCAGAGUCCCCCAGGGGAGUGGGUUACUGAGCUAGGAAUAGUCCAGAGCCAGUUCAUUUAACUGCCCAGCUCAGUGACUGCCCAGCUCACAGACUCACCCCUUCCCUGCUUCGUAGGUUCUGCUAAUUCAGUGCAGCCAGGACCUCCAGCGCUCCGUUCAGACACAUGCUCUGUGAAUAAGGGUUGACUCUUCACCAAAUCUCGAAACUUGCAGAAUACAGGCCGUCCCUGCUUCUUUUGUCUUUUGUAUAUUAAAUGCUGCUCCUAAGAGGUUUAAGUUUUGGUUUUUGGCUUUUGGGUUUGGGGUUUUCCUUUUUUAGUUAAUAAAAAGGGAGAAAGGAAUCAAUGAAAUUUGUCUUUGGAGUCCUGCGAUUCUAACUGCAACUGCCUCAUGGAAGAAGUAUUUGUAUUGUUCAAAGGACACCAAGAAACUCACUAUAACUGCACAUUCUGUAGGGAUUUUAGUACAGGCCAUCUGUCCUGGCUUUCUCAUUUUGGGGUGAGGGGUAAUUACUAAGUCAGCAGAGAUCGCUCCUUAUAAGGAAUUCACAUAUCACACUCCCCCAAAAAACAGCUUGUGGCAAAUCUCGGCAUCACGAUGCACGUCAGGGGAGCAGCUCGCCAGGCUGGGCCCCAGGACAAAAGAGCUUAUCUGUCAGCUUCCCCCGAUCAGAUUUUUCCUCUGAAAACAAGAUAUGGCCAAGAUAGUCUAAAGACUUAAGAGCCACUUUAUUUUAGACGAAAGAAUGACCUUGCAGAAAUGCUUCUCUGGACGCACAAUAAUGUAUGAUGAGAAGUUUGUGCCUUUUGUUGAGAUAAUUUUCUGCUCCUCCUGCCUCUAAGAAUAAUUUUCUUUCUCCUUUCCUAUCGCGAAGACUCAGAACAAAUUCUCAUUGUUAUUUGAAGAGUAAGUCUCAAUUCUUCUAGUGCCCUGAAAAAGCUGCAACUGGGGGAUAUUAGCAUUAUCUGCAACUGGUGAAAAGCUUGAAAACACCAGACCUGGGCUACAGUGAGACUAAGGCCUGGGAUUCCCAGAAAAGCAAUUCCCAAAGGCCACUCGCCAUCUGUAGCCCCAGCCCCUCCCCAGCAGUUGGGCAGUCCCCGAGGCAGAGGCAGAUGGGCCGCAGGCCUGUUCUCUCCCACAGGGCAGAGGUCGAUGGCAGAUUCUGCCUGAGAGGCGCCUAGCUCUCAGCACCGGGGAGCCUCUGCAGUGGGGAGGACCCAGCAGGACUGGGAACUGCUGAGCAGCCACGUGGUCCGGGCCAGGCCCAGCAUCUGCAGGUGUGCACUCAGGGUUCCUGUGUUUGGGAUGGAGGCAGCUGCUGGAUUCACCUUGGAAAUCCAGUGAGAGCAGCUUUACUUCUGAAAACAAAACGGGAAGUGUUUAAGCUCUGCAGAAGCCAAGGUGAACCAGGUGGAUGGCUCAGACAAUAAAACACUGGGACAGAGAAGGACUUUAAAAUUUUGAAAUAUCAAUAAAGCAAACAAAAAUAAUAGAGAUAUGGCCUGGAGAAGUCAAGGGAAGAGGGGCAUAAACACGCCCCCCUCUCCAACCUCAGCACCUCUGCCCCAGCCUUAGCGCUGCCCAGUGCUCUUUUCCACUCACUUCUCUGCAGUUCCACAGCCUCGCCUCUGCCAGCCAUGCUGUCCCCAGCCCAGAGCCCGGGGAAAUCUGCUGCACUGAAAGGGAGUUAAGUUUUGAUUGAAAAGUUUGCGAUCUUUUCUAAGGAUGUACCAGAAUUGCAAAUAAGAUAGUGAGGAGUACUCAAAGAGAAAUAGCUAUUAAAAGGCCCAAGAGCAUAAGAGUCCCUGGCUCUGAGUUCCAGUUUCUAUAACUGCUUUCCUAAGCCCGUCUCGGGUGGUGACUAGCUGGAGUGCUUGGAAGGACCAGAGCGGCAUAACUGGGACUUGAACCCAGAUCUGUAGGUGUCCAAAGCCUGCUCUCAUUGCACUGUGCUCACUCUUGUUGAUUGGCUGUGGCCAACAUUUUCCCACCUCUGUGUUGCCUACAGCUAACUUUCUUAAGUCCUGCUUGUGUCUACAGAGAGUACUAGCAGUGCGCUCGCCCAGGAGAGUUGAUCUUGGGGUUUGGGGGUGCCGCCCAGCCGCUCUGAUGACACAGGCUUGGUCAGUGUCAUUACUCCUGGAGGAGUGCCUCGGAGCAACUGCGAGUAGUGAGUCAAGCUGUGGCCAGCUGUGGCGUAGAAUUUUGCAUUCGGGCUCACCUCAGCCUACCAGCGGCCCUCCUCUCCCCUGUUUUUCUGGAGAACAGUUUAAAGGGCCACUCCCUCCACUCCCAUGCACCACAGCUGAUGGUUCUUGACGUUUCUAAGUCCCGGAGGUAAGUGGCAGAGUCAGUGGGCACCCCAACAGGCACUGCCUCUGAGCACUGCUCUCCCUCCCUCCACACCCAGAGGUGUGGAAGUUUCUCUUCACCUUCCUAGACUAAAUAAUAAAUCCAUUACCUAUUGCCCUAGGGUAGUGUUUGUAAAUAUCACUGUAAAACAAGAAAGCCAAAAUACAGCAAAGCAGCUGCUUUGGCACCCACUUCCUUCCAAACACCAGGGCAGCCCCCGGAGCCCAGGGAACAUGUGGGAGGGGCUGACCAAGUUCCACCUGACCUAUUCAAGAAUAAAUCCUCCUGUCCUGUGCACCCAGCAGAGAAAAGGGGGCCCUUCUUUACAGCCCACAUCGUGCAUAUUACUCUUCUAAUUAUUAGUCAUGAAAAUAUUCUAGGAUUCUUUUUCAAGCUGUAAAUGUUAUGUAAUAAGUUAUAUUUUUGGAAGAAGCAAAAAGAAACCUUAGUUUUAUUCAUCUGGAAGUUGGCAAAAUGAGUGCAGGAACACCUCCCAGGGAAAUGUUCUCUGUGCAGGGGAUUUUAACAGGUGUUAAUAUUUUCUUCCAGGGAACAGAUUAUAUUAAGGUUUAUAUGAGCCUGGUGAUGGCAGAGAGUUUGGGUCCUUGAGGUAGCUAUAUUUUGAGGUAAUGUUUUGUAAGUAAUAAAAUGUGGAUACUCUAACUGUCUGUUCUCAGGGUGUUCUGUGGUGGGAGGGAGGCCACUAUCGUUCAUACUACACCUCGACCUUAAGACCAACUGCCUGAUGAACUAACGUAUGCUGGGGAUCUUUGAUUUCGUGGUGUGCUACCCUCUCCCUCCACCCACUCCUCCACAAGCAUUGCUUCAAGUACUCCACGUGGAAAUAAAAUUGUAUUAUUCAAAUUA